GCUUGGUCCAAUCAGUCUGACCUGGACCCCUCCCAAACCUGCUCCGACUGCUGGCUUGGAGCUCAGUCCAUUCAACUCAGCAGUCCGCUGGGCUACGACGAAGAUGCAGCAAGCAGCUUUGCAAAUCUCACGUCCAGCUGCAAUGCCACCGGUUAUGACUUCUCCAUCCCGACGCCCUACUCUCAGAACGCACCGGAGACUGUCCAAGCUGCAAGCGCAGACAUCGCUACGCCUGCUAAGUGCCCCGACUCCUAUACCAUCAAGCCGGGCGAUGACUGCCACUCCGUCGCUCGACAGUUGAAUGUCUCGUCCUACAGUCUAUUACAACAGAAUUAUCUGGAUCUCUACUGCCGAAGCUUCGCAACCGCCGGAACCGCAAUCUGCAUACCACCGCAAUGCGACACAUACACCUGGCUCCCCACCGACACUUGCGAAAGCGUCGUGUCCCACCAUACCAGCCUCUCCGUCCCGCAAUUCCUAGCCUGGAACCCCAACUUCAACUCCCUCUGCGGCAACAGCUUCAACUUCAUCGGCUACUCAGUCUGUAUAAGCCCACCAGGCGGUUUCCGAACCUACAGCUAUCCUACCACACCCACACCCACAAACACAACGCAACCAGGCUACGCAUCCACCGCGGCAAUCGUGCCGCCCAACGCACGGGACAACUCGACCCGAAAUUGCGGAUCAUGGCAUACCGUACAUCCCACCCUCCGCUCACACCCCCACAUGUACUGA